ACCGCCACUCCCCAUCCAGGCUCUCACGGCAGCGCGCUGCGCGCCUCCGCGCCGACCCAGGGGCGAAAGCCGUAGCAUUCGAUUCCGCACGAAGCACCACGCCGGGCAGCCGAAAAAGCAACUUUCUUGCCGACUAUGGAGCAGUGAUUUGCGGCGCUAUCAAUGGAGGCGACCUGGUCUUCGCUGUUACUCGGGGUCGUGCUCAUAUCAGCGACAAGCACAUCAGCCAGGGAAGUAUGUCUCGGCACUGACAUGAAGCUACAGCUCCCAUCCAGCCUGGAAAACCACUACAAAACACUGCAGCUGCUCUACACUGGUUGCCAGGUGGUGCAUGGGAACCUGGAGAUCACCCACCUGCACGGAGACCUGGACCUUAGCUUUCUGCAGGGCAUCGUGGAGGUGCAGGGUUAUGUGCUGGUGGCCCACGUGUCGGUGAGUUCGGUGCCACUGGGCAGUCUGCGCAUCAUCCGCGGGAGCCAGCUCUACGAAUCGCGAUACGCUCUGGCUGUACUGGACAACAGCGGCCCUGGGGAUUCUGGGCUGACGGAGCUGCUAAUGAGGAGUCUGACGGAGAUCCUUCUUGGUGGGGUGUACAUUUGGGGGAACCCUCACUUGUGCUUCCCCCAGCACAUCAAUUGGAGCGACACGCUGGAUGAACAGAACCCGCAGAGCCACCUGCGACUGCAGGUGCAGUCAUCCAACUGUCUGAGCUGCUCCCCUGCGUGUGGGUCGCAGGGAUGCUGGGGACAGACGGAGCAGGACUGUCAAACCUUGACCCGUCUGCUGUGCACCUCUGGCUGCAUGCGCUGUAAGGGCACGCGCCACAAUGACUGCUGCCACAAGCAGUGUGCGGCGGGCUGCACUGGGCCCAAGGACACAGACUGCUUGGCUUGUCGACACUUUAAUGACAGUGGAUUGUGUAAAGAUGGGUGUCCACCGGCCAACAUCUACGAGUCGUCAACUUUCCUGCUCAAGCCCAACAAAGACAAAAAAUUCAGCUUUGGUGCCACCUGUGUGAAAGAGUGUCCUCGAAACUUCCUGGCCAUGGAGGUGGCCUGCACCAUGAUGUGCCCAAAAGCCAACCAGGAAGUCAUCACCAGCCUGCCUGAUGGCAGUGAGGUGCAGAAGUGUGAGAAGUGUGAUGACGACUGUCCCCAAGUGUGCUACGGCUUGGGGAUGGACAGCCUGCAGGGAGUCCUGGCCAUCAACUCGUCCAACAUCGGCCUCUUCGCUGGCUGCAAGAAAAUCUUUGGUAGUCUGGCCUUCCUGCCACAGACCUUCACUGGAGAUCCUAUGACCAACACCUCAGCCCUGGACCCCAGGCAGCUCGACGUGUUCAGAAGCCUGCAGGAAAUAACAGACAACAACAGCCAGCUGUGCUAUACCUCAUCUGCACCAUGGGGGGCGCUGCUGCCGGCGGAGCAGCAGACAUACCUCAUCGUCACCCAAAAUCAUAACCCAGAGGACUGCGCCGCUGAAGGGCACGUUUGCCACCCCCUCUGUGCGGACAGCAGGUGCUGGGGACCUGGAGCUGGACAGUGUGUGUCCUGCCUGAAGUACCGGCGUGGCACAGAGUGUGUGAAGGAGUGUAACGUCCUGCAGGGGGUGGAACGCGAGUACAGCAACGGCUCCGUCUGUGUCCCCUGCCACUCUGAGUGCUUGCUGUUAAAUGGCACCGCCUCCUGUUACGGCCAGGGUGCGCACCAGUGCCUAGAGUGCCGUCACUUCCAGGAUGGGGAGGCGUGUGUGCAGAGCUGUCCCAGCAGAGCCAAGGAGGACCAGCACGCUGUGUGGAAAUACGCCAAUGCCACCAGGCACUGCCUGCCCUGCGGCACCAGCUGCUCCCCACCAUGCAGUGUGUUGGAUGAGCGUGGCUGCCCCAUUACCCAGAAGGCAUGGCUGGGCACCUCUGUGGCAACGGCUGUGGGUGGAGUCUUCCUCCUCCUCAUCCUGCUGGCAGUGCUGUUGUUCCUCCUGCGCCGACAGAGACACCUGAGAAGGAAGAAGACACUGAGGAGGAUCCUGCAAGAGCACGAGCUGGUGGAGCCGCUGACCCCCAGUGGCGCUGUGCCCAACCAGGCCCAGAUACGCAUCUUGAAAGAGACUGAGCUGAAGAAGGUCCGGGUCCUGGGGUCCGGGGCCUUCGGCACGGUCUAUAAGGGGGUGUGGGCCCCUGAUGGGGAGACUGUGAAAAUCCAAGUAGCUAUAAAGGUGUUGCUGGAGAACACCUCGCCCAAGGCCAACAAGGACAUCCUGGAUGAGGCCUAUGUGAUGGCGGGCGUGGCCAGCCCCUACAUCUGCCGCUUGCUGGGCAUCUGUCUAACAUCCACUGUGCAGCUGGUCACCCAGCUCAUGCCAUAUGGCUGCCUGCUGGACUAUGUGCGUGAGAAUAAGGAGCGUGUCAGCUCCCAGUACCUGCUCAACUGGUGCGUGCAGAUCGCCAAGGGAAUGAGCUACCUGGAGGAGGUGCGGCUCGUCCACAGAGACCUGGCUGCCCGCAAUGUUCUGGUGAAGGAUCCCAACCAUGUCAAGAUCACAGACUUCGGACUGGCUCGCCUGCUCGACAUCGAUGAGACCGAGUACCAUGCAGAAGGCGGCAAAGUGCCCAUUAAGUGGAUGGCGCUGGAGUCCAUCUUACACAGGAAGUUCACGCACCAGAGCGACGUGUGGAGCUACGGGGUGACGAUCUGGGAACUGAUGACGUUCGGAGCCAAACCCUACGACCUGAUUCCAGCCAGGCAGAUCCCGGAGCUGCUCGAGGGUGGGGAACGACUUCCGCAGCCCCUUAUCUGCACCAUCGAUGUGUACAUGAUCAUGGUCAAGUGCUGGAUGAUUGAUCCGGAAAGUCGGCCCAAGUUUCGUGAGCUGGUCACAGAGUUCAGCACGAUGGCCCGGGACCCUCCCCGAUACGUGGUCAUACAGAAUGACGGGAACAUGAGCCAGUCUAGCCCAGUGGACAGCCAGUUCUUCCGCAUGCUGCUGGUGGGGGACAUGCGAGAGCUCCUGGAUGCUGAGGAGUACCUGGUGCCCCAGCCGGCCUCUGCAGCCAGGGACGGGCCCUUCAGACACCCAUCACACAUGAGCGCCAGGCAGUGUGUGGAAGAUGGGGCCUCAGCAGGGGGGGCGUACCUGUACUCAUCUGUCAGCACCCUCGGGCAGGAUCAGUGCCCCGCUCUGGCCAUCCGGUCCCCCGCAGGCAGCCCUUGGGUGCCCCGGUACCCCUCGCUGGCGCGUAGCGUGUCCCAUCAUUCUGCAGGGGGCCAUUCCGACUCCGUGUUCCUGGAUGCGGGGGCGGAAGACUGCAGCAGUCAGGGGCGCUACUGCGAUGACCCCUCACAGGCCACGGUUGCCAAUGGCGACCUGGGGGCCAUGAGUGCGAGGCUGCCUGGCCUCCCACAUACCCUCCCCCGUGGAGCUCGCCGGCAACCAGAAUAUGUGAACCAGACUGCUGCAGACGGCCCCGCAGGUACCCCUGUCCACUCCAGCACCCUGCCUCGCAAGACAUCUACCAGAGUGCGGCACCCCCUCAACGGCCUGCGCUCCGGGAACAGCGUGGAGAACCCGGAGUACAUCAUCCCCCUGGGCAGCACCUCAUCUGCGUUGGUCUGUCCUUACUACCUAGGCCUGCACACUCAGGCCGGGGGCGAGAAGGCCACAGCACCCACACCCUUGCUCCUCACUAAUGGCAGCCUCACCAACGGCUUUGUCACGCCUGCAGUAGAGAACCCUGAGUACCUGGGACUGGCAAAAGGCACACCUGAACACAUCUGGGGGGCAGAGGUGGGAGGCUCAGGGAGGAAUGUGCCCUAGAGGAGAGCUUCAGAAAAGGAGGAGUGCUUACACUGAGCCCACUUAUAUACUCACGUGUGACCUGCAAGCAAAUUCUGAUUGGUCAUUUGUUCACAUUUCUGUUUCACACCAUAUCGUCCCAUCAGCGUGUCAACAAGAAAAGGUCACCCUGCUUCUUCAUGGCAGAAUCACAAGUUAGCCAACACUGGAUGCCUGGUUGCACUUAUAAAAAUUGCCUGGUGUCUUUCUAUUGUCCCAUUUUUGACUGGGAGGAGAUCAUUUAAAAAGUGCUUGAACACACUUGAGCUCUGCUGGCGCCUUUAUCUUCAUUUACCCCAUUAUAUGCACCCCACCCCCACAGUUCUUCCUCCACACAGAGUACUUAUAAUUUUAGAAUUGUCCUCCCAUACCAGAGACUAUACUGGUGUUUUAUCAUGCAGACUAUGGUGUCUUGGACCUAAUAGAGCUGACAAAAAUCAAAGUCUAUUUUGUUCAUGAGAAAACGCUUUUCAGAACUGUCUGGCACUUGUUGUUGGUCCAUGAAAGACCGACAUUAUGCAUCAGCGGACAGAGCCCCGGGGUGUGAGGAAAUGGCAUUCGUGUUUGUCUAUUGAUGGGCUUUUGAAAUGGUGCUGAGUUUGACGCAGUGGCCCUGGCCUCACCCACUGCGAGGGCGCAGCUGGGAACGGAACCCCUUUAUGGCCGUGUGAAAACAAGAUGGACGCCGUGUAGCAGGCAGUCACCAGGUGGCAGCGGAGUGCCUCGUGCAUCCUGACAGACCUCUACAAAAAAGCCCGGCCUGGUGACAACUGUGGCACGGCCUCUGUGUUUCGGGGCAAAAGGGUAACCUUUCUAGACAUGUACAGUUAAAGGAUGUAAACGAGCCCUACUGAUCCCAGUCAAGAUGUUGCCAUUUUCGACAAGUAGUUAUUUAGUUGGGAAGGCUAAACCCGAAGAGACGUAGGUAAGAAUUAAACCACAAUGUUCUGGAGUUGGAAUGUUCUGAGGAGAGAAUAUCAGGCACAUUUAAACACGAUAAUCAACAUUUAAGCUGCUGUGGCAGGACGCAGGUUGGACGCCUGAAUGGCGACAUUUUUUUGGGAGGCUAGGCAGGGUCACUUCCACUCAGAUGAAAAUGUUCCUCCGCAAUACGAAGAUGGUAGGCUUACAGACUCAGAGACACUUGAAUUGGCCGUAGCAGCUGCAUUCUGUUUUAUAUGGCUGUAUUGUGUGACGUGAAAAAAUAAUAUAAUUUCUUAUCGCCAAAGCAGAAUUUGACUGCACAUUAAAAACUAAUUUUAAAACAAAUAUGAAUACUGGUAUUCGACUGAGAGGAAUGUAAAUGGUUGUGGUUUGUGUGACACAUUGAAUGACGCCAAUCUAUUGUAUUGUGCCAUGUGGGGUGAGUGAGAGGGUGGCUCAGUUAACUGCAUUCUCCCAGUGCUUAUAUUUAAACAUUUCUAUUAUAUCAAUAUUAGAAAAAUUUGUUAGCUAGCUAUGUUAUAUUGCAUUAGUCAGAAUUUAAUUAUACCAGGUUAUUUCCAUUUAUUCACAAAAACUACUUUGUGUAUAAAAUACUUCCUCCGACUAACUUGUGCUCUGAGGUAAAUUCAGUCCACAGAGGUAUGAUGUCGUCAUUAUGCUGCUAAACAUUAAAAAAUUCUGCAUGCCAUCGUUCUGGCUUUGCAUACCUAAUGUCAACCUUUUUCAAAAUGUUUACAAGUGACCAUCUCUACUGACUUCCAGAUUUAGGCCUUGAAUGCUAAAACGGGCUUUAUCUCCUUGGAAUUUUAUUAUCCUUAUUUCAUUUUUAAGUGAUUUUUAAAUUAAGAUAAUGUAUGUAUAUUACUACUUUGGAACUGAUGUUCACUAUAGCCUCUAUGUUAAUUAUGUCUGCAAUUGCUAUAGAGGAAAAACAUGAAUACAACAGACAGGAAACUUAAGUUUACUAUAAACCAGAUGCACAGUUAGUUAUUAAUGGUCUCAGGUUCACUAAAACAAGAACAGUCUGUACACACUUCUGCCAGUUAUGCAAAUUACAUAAUGAUCAUAAUGAAAGUUGUUUAUGGAUGGAAAUCCCUUUAAAGUAGAUAGAAAAAAAAAUCCUGGUCACAUUUGUCUUGAGUUGUCUUUCAUCCCACAUGAAUUUUUUAAUUUUUUUUUAAAAGCUUAGAUGCUUUAAAAGUUUUACCAAAAACAAAACAGGUCAUGAAAGCUUGGUAUCAUUGCAUCUGUAACCGCAUGCUGGUUCUGUCAGUCCACAUUGGAUUAUGGGAGUAUUGUCUCUGGCUCAGCAAAGAACUAGUAUGUAUAGUUGGUAGACACUGUUCAUCACCAAGAUAUAUGGCUUUCUUUUGAGAUUUUCCUAAUCUAAAGUUUAUAUGUGAAAGCUAAUGAACCCUCAAUUGAAAAUAGAGGCUUGAAACUGGCCCUGGAGCAUGCAUCUAAGCAUAAAAAAAUAAUAAUAAAAAUCCCUUUGUUUUCCAUUGAA